AUGGCACUUGUACAGUGCAAAGAGUAUGCUCAUGUCCAUCAGGAUACGGAGGAAGCUAAUUGUGCGGCAGGUUUGAUUUACUCGCAAUGUGGCCCCAUUUUACAGCAAACUUGUCAAAAUCCUGGAUACAGCAAUGCAACAUGUGUUGCAGGAUGUUUCUGUCCACGUGGGCUUGUCAAGCAAGAUGGUAAAUGCAUUCAAUUAGAUCAGUGCCCUUGCAUGUAUGACGGAGAAUAUUUGGCAGCUGGAGAAGAAACAGUUUCUGCAAAUGAGGGGUCAUCAUACGCGACAGCGUGUAAGUGUCAAAAUGGUCAAAUGAAUUGUGCGGCGAAAAAAUAUUCAAGAAUACGUUGUGCCGCCUAUGGAGAUCCACAUUAUAAAACAUUCAGUGGAUAUCGUUAUGAUUUUAUGGGACAAGGCACAUUUCGCAUGGUGAAGUCGGAUGAAAUUGAAAUUUUUGCUCACAAUGCUGGUUGUCCUUAUUCGUGGAGUGCUACAUCGUGCAUUGAUUCGGUGACAAUAAAAAUAAACAAUACGAACAAAACUGCUGCAAUUGUGCUGGGGAAACAUUCCGAAGUAAAAGUCAAUGAUAAGUACAUGAACGAUUUGCCCAUGUAUGUUCUCGGCGACUAUACACUCAUUUCAAAACCGAGUUCAUCAAAGACGUCGGUGAUUUUCAAAAAUGGGUGGCGAGUUUAUUGGAAUGGUAAGGAUGCACUACAAGUCGAUAUAACAUCUUUAUACUCUGGUGAUUUAAAUGGACUUUGCGUUUCACCAAAAAGCCAAUAUACAAGACACAAAAGAUCAACUGAAACGCACAUGAAAGAUUGGCUUAUGGCAACCGCGAAAGAAUCUUGCAAUGGAGAAGGUUGCAAUCAAAUCGAAAAAGCGCUCAAUCUGCCCCACCCUUGUAAUAAAAAUGCAACCAGUAAAAAGCAAGCAGAAGCGAAUUGUGCAAAAUUAAAGACAGCAUUCACAACAUGUCAUGAGAAAAUAAUUUCUGAAAACUAUUACAACGAUUGUAUGUAUGAUGUCUGUGCAUUUGAUGGUGAUAUUCAAUUGGGUUUGUGUCCAAGUUUUGAGGCUUACGCCAAUGAAUGCAGUCAAAAGGGAAGCGUAAAUAAUUGGAGGCAAUCAGUUGAGGAAUGUGUAAUUGAAUGCCCACCUGGACAAGUCUACGAGGAAUGCUCCACUGAAUGCUAUCGAAGUUGUUCUGAUUUACAAUUAGUGCAACGAAAUUGUAGCAGAGAUUGUAUUGAUGGAUGUCGUUGUCCCAAAGGGGAAGCUCUUGAUAACAGUUCACAUUGCAUUCCAAUUGAAAUAUGCCCAGGCAAUUAUUCCAUUCCUAUUUUCAACAGUGUAUCCAUGAAUAACACGGAAAUAAAGUACGUAUAUCGUAAAUACCAUAAAAUUAGUGGUGUAAUGAAUCCAAUAAAAACUUAUCGCAUUUUUCAUCAGUGCAUUCAAUGGAACAGAAACUCAUAA